GGUAAUUGCGAAUGGAUUCAAAGACUUUUAGAGCUUAACAGUAAUCGAAUAAAAUAUAAGCGACAAACAAAAAAUUUGUUUGUUAGUGAACAAUUACAGUAUCUUCAAUUAUUGCCACAACAUGCAAGACUUCCUAAUAACUAUGAUAAAACAAAUAAACAAUCGAGUUUAUUAACAGUUAAUGGUAUCGAACCUGAUAUAAAUGAAAAAGUUUAUGUACCUUUAAUUCUCGCUCCAAUUAAAUAUAAAGGUGCAUUAUUAAUGACAUGUGUUCUUGGAUUUAAUUGUAAAGAAAAUGUAGAAUGGCUGCGGGGAUAUAUUAAUAAUACAUAUUCAAACUUAUUUGAACAUGCUAAAAAAUUAUUUAACGCAAAAAAAAAAUAUAUUACAAUGAUUAAUUCAGCUAAACAUAAGGCACGUAAACUAGAAAGUAGUGAAGACAUCCAAGCUGGGCUUCCAAUAAAAGCUGAAGGCUGGAAUACUUCUAGUUCAGUUACUCAAGCAUUAGGAAUUCAACUUCAAGAAGUACGCAAUGAAUUAAAAAAUACUAAAAAAAAAUUACAUCGAUCAUUAGAAACUAUUCAGAAACUAAAUGCAGACGAUGAAAAUAAUGAAAAUUCUAAUCUUUCUUCUACUAAUACAAUUCAAUCAAUGGUUAACAACUUAAUUAAAAAUGGAAAAUUAGGAUCAACAAUAUUCGUAAAUACAGACAUAUAUUUAACAUUAAUACUAAACCAACCAUGUCCUAUUUGUUAUACUGCUGAAAUUACCAAUAAAAAGCCAUCGAUAACAGUAAAUGGAUUAGGAAUUAAAAUUAUAAUUAAAUGUCUAAAUUGUAAAGCAAUAACAGAACACAGUAAUGAAUCACCUGAAAUAGAUUUUUCAACAAGUAUAGCUGCAGCAGGAUUAGUUGGUGGUCAAGAUAAACUUUUUGAUGGCUUAAAAAAUGAAGCAGUUAAUUCAGCUCAAAAAGCAUUACAUAAAGUUCUUGAUAAAUUAAUUGAAAACAAACAAUUUAAUUUAGAA